AUGGUACCUAUAGCUUCGCAAGCUCCCCUAGGAAUACCUCUCUUGUCGGGCAUAUAUCUAUUAGCCCACAGACUGCCAGUGUGUGGCUAUGGAGCAACAACAUAUGCUAACACCGUCCACUUUACAGUCCAGCUAAACCGCCCGAAAGCACUCAAUGCUCUCUGCACACCCCUCUUCGUCGAGCUCAAUGACGCCCUCCGCAAGCUCGACGCCGACAAGGAAAUCGGUGCCAUAGUCCUCACCGGCUCCGAAAAAGCAUUUGCAGCCGGCGCGGACAUCAAAGAGAUGAAAGACAAGACCUUCUCCACAGCCUACGGCACCGACUUCAUCGAGAUGUGGUCCGACCUCGUGUCCUUGAUCAAAAAGCCCAUCAUCGCCGCCGUGAACGGGCACGCGCUGGGCGGCGGCUGCGAGCUCGCCAUGAUGGCCGACAUCAUGUACUGCUCCGCCAGCGCCAACUUCGGACAACCCGAGAUCAAGCUCGGGACGAUCCCCGGUGCGGGCGGGUCGCAGCGGCUGACGCGCGCGAUUGGGAAGGCGCGGGCGAUGGAGCUGAUCUUGACGGGGAACAAUUUCAGUGGGAGGCAGGCGGGGGAGUGGGGGCUUGCGGCCAAGGUGUUUGAGAGUCCGCAGGAGUGUGUGGAUGGGGCGGUGGGCACGGCGGAGAAGAUUGCGGGGUAUAGCAGGAUUGUGGUGAAGGCGGCCAAGGAGGUGGUUAAUAAGAGCCAGGAUCUGGGGAUUAGGGAGGGCGUGGAGUAUGAGCGGAGGGUGUUCCAUGGGCUGUUUGGCAGCAAGGACCAGAAGAUUGGUAUGGCCGCGUUUGCGGAAAAGAAGAAGCCUCAGUGGACGAAUGAGUAG